UACAGAGAGAGAGAGAGAGAGAGAGAGAGAAAAGAGAGAGAGAGAGAGAGAGGAAAAUGGCAGUCGAAGACAACGGGGAGAUAUAUUUGAGGUACUACGUAGGGCACAAAGGGAAGUUCGGGCAUGAGUUCUUGGAGUUCGAGUUUCGUCCCGAUGGGAAGCUUCGCUACGCCAACAACUCUAACUACAAGAACGACACUAUGAUCCGUAAGGAAGUCUUCCUCACCCCCGCUGUUAUUAAGGAAUGCCGCAGAAUAAUUGCCGAAAGCGAGAUAAUGAAGGAAGAUGAUAACAACUGGCCGGAACCCGACCGAGUUGGGCGGCAGGAGCUUGAGAUUGUGAUGGGGAAUGAGCACAUCUCUUUCACCACUUCAAAGAUUGGCUCUCUCGUCGAUGUUCAGAGCAGCAAAGAUCCUGAAGGACUUCGCUUCUUCUAUUACCUUGUCCAGGACCUUAAGUGCUUUGUGUUCUCUCUUAUCUCUCUGCAUUUUAAGAUCAAGCCAAUAUAAGCAAGGAGCACAGCUUUUGGUGCUAUGAUCUGAGUAAGUUGCCGUGGUACUAUAAUUUGGUUUUGAUAGGCACCAGGAAAUAUAAGCAUCCGUGUCAGUUUUGUUCUUACAUUUAGAUGUUCCUCUGUGCCUAUGUUUUCAAGUAUGGGUUUGAUAUAUUUGACUUUUGAAUUUAACUGAUGGAGAAGGUGGUGUGGGAGUUGUUACAUAA